ACAACUGCCCCCUCCGCUCUGGCAGGUAGCAGCUCUUGCCUCUCUGCCCGCCUGCCUGUAAUCUCGUCUCGUCUAUCUAUAUAAUAACUAACCGCCGGUCCGCGUCCGCGCCCGCCCACACCCAGCGCCGCGCCGCCCUCAACACCACUCACCACCCAAACCCUGCCUCCGCCUCCCGCCGCCGCGAUGAGCUACUACGGCCAGCAGCAGCCGCCCGUCGGCGUGCCUCCGCCGCAAGGGUACCCCGGGAAGGACGGGUACCCGCCGGCGGGCUACCCGCCCGCGGGCUACCCACCGCCGGCGCAGGGCUACCCACCGCAGGGCUACCCGCCGCAGCAGGGGUAUCCACCGCAGCAGGGGUACCCGCAGCAGGGCUACCCGCCGCCCUACGCGCAGCCGCCGCCGCCGCAGCGGCCGCAGGGCAGCGGAGGGCCCUCCUUCAUGGAGGGAUGCUUGGCCGCCCUUUGCUGCUGCUGCCUGUUGGAGGCCUGCUUCUGAGUUCUUCGCUAUGCACAACUUCCUCGCUGCGUGUGCUUGAUAUAAUCAAGAUUGGCUCGUUAAGCUGCUUCCUAUCUAAGAAGAUUACAGCAGCGCCUAUGCAAAUCGCAUAUCUCUGGUCCUCUUAUCGAUCUGUUUCUGUGUUGAGAUGAUUGGUGUACUUAGUGGUAUGAUGAAGUUUAUGUCACCAGUGGAAUCCUUGGUCUAGCUAGCAUUGUGAGAUAAUUUAAUCUCUGGAGUCAUCGCAUUUUGCUCCAAGGCAUUGUCUUGCAUGUGGGAUGUGUCUAUAAUCUUUUAUUUUUCAUCACUGAAAAGUACGCUCCUCUGUUUUUCUCCU